GUUCCCCAUGUGGAUGUCCCGUGUGUCCAGAUUCGGCCAAUAGGAGCUGGUCAAUUUUGAUGCGUGGCAUCAGACCAUCAGGACUGUACACAGCCCAGCUGCAGGCACGAAAUCAAGCUGGUCUGGGACCAGGAGCCUAUGUUCAGUUCAGCACAGGUGUGGACCAGCAAGGAAGAGAUCCUAAGAUUAAUCUUUCGCUGCAAAACGUCUGCGCCAUUGUGGCAGGUUCGCUUGGAUUCUUGGUUUGCUGCGCAGUAAUCUACUGUUGGGUGAUGCAUGGCUUCGGGACGAUUCUAUCAAAACCGGAGCUCAGCCAAAGUUGUGUUGUCAACACCAGCACAGAUGAAGAUGAAGAGUUAUUGAGCAGCUAUCCGGCUACACCGGGAUGCGAGCGCGAACGCAUUCCAAUGCUAACACUGAACAUCACCGAGAACAUGGCAUUCAGACAAGAGUCACCACAAGAUAUGUACAUGACAGAUCUCGGCUUGGUUAUGUAUCCGGAAGAAGAGUACCUCACGGGUGAGCAGUCAGCAACCUCUGGAGUGAAUGAACCACCACUCGGCUUUCGCCGGACCCACUCCAUUUAGCCCUCGCGCAUACAGCACUCAGCCGGUGUACUUCAGAUGGCAAUCGUGUCUCAGUACAGUGCCAGUCCGGGAUGGCGAGCAGGCAGGGAGUGUGAGCUUCGACGUCGCGAGCAUCAAACUUCUCUUUACUUUACUGUUGUCAUGGCAACAGUUGCAUUCAUCGGUGCCGCUCAGUGAAGUUGGAUUGCGGGAGUAAAGUACGCGUCUGGUCCGGUGCAGCUGCAGAUCUGCGAACACUGGGCCGUGUGCACAGGCGUGGAUACUGACUUGAUUCGUGCGAACGGAUAACACCACGCAACACAGCCAUUUCCAGACUUGCAUGUUACUGCCACGGCAAAAUGCAAAUAUACUGACGACUCUUAUCUGACUCCCUCGAGGCGAUUUACGUGUGAUAACAGAGAGGUUAAGAGGCACGGUAUUCCUGACGUGACCCGAACGUUCAGCUCGCUUUCAUGGAUCUCUCUCGCGCGUUGGAAAACAAUGCGAGUGACCUGCAGCGCACGUCGAA